UAUAUAUUACCCUCCCACGCUCCUCCUGCCACUCUCCCCCACUGGUCCUACGCCACACCAAACCAAUCAGAAUUCAGAAGGAGCAGGAGCUGAGAGCACACGCGGUGGAGGCCGGGCAAGCCUGCAGCCGCGAGGAGGCCGUCGUCGUCGCUCGGAGAUUAUGGCGGACUGGGCGCCGGUGUUCAUCGGGCUGGUCCUGUUCAUCCUCCUCUCCCCGGGGCUGCUGUUCCAGAUCCCCGGCAAGGGCCGGAUCAUCGAGUUCGGCAACUUCCAGACCAGCGGCCUCUCCAUCCUCAUCCACGCCAUCAUCUACUUCACCCUCAUCGCCAUCUUGCUCCUCGCCAUCGGCGUCCACGUGUACCUCGGCUAGCCACCAGUCCACCAUAGCGGCGGCGGCCUCCUCGAUCUCUGACCGGCCAGAUUAGGUACAGUGGUAGAGGCAUGUUCAGCUCCAUUGGUGGUUGGCUUGGUAUACUAGUAUAGUGGGGUGGGUCUAUGUGAUAUGGUGGUGGUGUUCUUUGGGCAUUUGUCAGGUUAAAGGCUCACUUCUGUUCUGCAAAAUGUAGUCUUAUCUCUUAUGUGCAGUACUACUGCUUCUCAUGAUGACAGUCAUCGUCUUUCAGCAUGUCUCUCCUUUUAGCAUGAGUUGUUAGUACUGGAUAACUGAGCUUGGAUUUGCUCGAGAUGUUAGUAGUCAUGAGGGUCGAUUUGUUGCCACACUUUGUUCUGAACUUUUUUGCUGCUCUUCUUUCUCA